UCUUCCAAAAAUAUUUUCCCACUUCAUUUAAACCCGUCAACAGAGCAAUACGCGACGUUCAUCUCUCUGAUUUUAGCUGCUACACAUCUCCUACUUUAUUUAAUUUUCCCUUGUUUUAAAUUUCUUGAUCUCUUCACUUCCCUCAUAUCCAUAUUUUGAUCUCCAUUUUUCAUGGGUUUUGCGGUUCCUUCUUAACCGCUAAAACCACUGAUUCCAGUGGCGGCAAGGGGAGAGCUCAACGUUAAAGAAUUGUUCUUUGAGGUUUUUGGCACUUAACCUUUUACUUGUUCACCUUCUUCUAAAAUGGGUUGCUGUUACUCUUUGCGGAUCGGUUGUCUAUGAAUUUGCAAGUUGGUUGAUAUUGGCUGUGUUUUUUUUUUCUAUGGCUAAUUACAAGAAUCUCCGUCUCAAAAAUGCAGCUUUCAAACGUUUCCUGUGUGUAGUUUUAGUUACUUUAUUAGUUGUUUCACUUUUGAUAGUUUCUCUUAGGACCAAUACAACGCCUGGUUUAAGUGAAAGUGUUAAUAUUCAGAGCUUUAUUGAAAAACUCUACCUUCCUAAACGGAAUGAAUUUUCAAUUCGACUGGAGGAACGAAACCGAUUGCCCCCUAUGAAUAUAGAUCUAUAUCCAAAGUUAGCCAAAGAUCAUAUAACCAUUGUUUUAUACGUUCAUAACCGGCCUCAAUAUCUUAAAGUAGUUGUUAAGAGCUUGUCUAAGGUUGUGGGGAUAAGUGAAACUUUAUUAAUAGUCAGUCAUGAUGGAUACAUCGAAGAAAUGAAUAAGAUUGUGGAAGGGAUCAAAUUUUGCCAAGUGAAGCAGAUCUUUGCUCCUUAUUCGCCCCAUGUGUUUACUGGCAGUUUUCCCGGUGUAUCACCAAAUGACUGCAAAGAAAAGGAUGAUGCAGGGAGAAAACAUUGUAUUGGGAAUCCAGAUCAGUAUGGAAACCACCGGUCUCCACAGAUAGUUUCUUUGAAGCAUCACUGGUGGUGGAUGAUGAACACUGUGUGGGAUAGAUUGAAGGAGACCAGAGGGCGUGAUGGGCAUAUUCUUUUCAUAGAGGAGGACCACUUUAUUUUCCCCAAUGCAUAUCGCAACUUGCAGCUUCUUGUAUCACUGAAGCCUAACAAAUGCCCAGAUUGCUAUGCUGCUAAUCUGGCACCUUGUGAUGUGAAUUUAAGAGGAGAAGGAUGGGAUAGUUUGAUUGCAGAGAGAAUGGGAAAUGUGGGCUAUGCCUUCAACCGGACUGUUUGGAGAAAAAUCCAUAUGAAAGCUAAAGAGUUCUGCUUCUUUGACGAUUACAAUUGGGAUAUAACAAUGUGGGCAACCGUAUAUCCUUCGUUCGGCAGCCCAGUGUACACCUUACGAGGUCCAAGGACUAGUGCAGUUCACUUUGGGAAGUGUGGUUUGCAUCAGGGCCAAGGGAAUAGUAAUGCUUGCAUUGAUAAUGGAUCAGUGAACAUUCAAGUAGAUGACAUUGAUAAGGUUGCUAACAUCAGAUCAGAAUGGGAUGUAGAGGUAUAUGAGAACCAACAGGGGUACAAAGCUGGGUUUAAGGGUUGGGGCGGCUGGGGUGAUAAUAGAGAUCAUCAAUUGUGCUUGAAUUUUGCUCAAAUGUACCACUAGUAAAACACUUCUCAUUCAGCUUUCAUGAGUUGAGACUUCAGCAUCUCAUUUUUCCCACUGUUGUAACAGGUGGGACCUAGAUUAUUUUUUCUUCAAUAGUUCGGGGAAAUGCAUGUAUAAGAAGUUGCUAUAAUUUUGUACCAUUGACAACUUUUUUUUAUUAUUUCUCCAAUUUUGCUGCAAAGAAACCA